AUGAAUGAGGCAUUACAGAAGAUCAAGGCUCGUAUGCAACAAUCUCAGAGCAGACAAAAAGGCUAUGACGAUGUAAGACGUAAGGACUUGGAAUUUGAGACUGGUGUGAAAGUGUUCUUAAAGGUGGCACCUAUGAAAGACCCGUCCCAUGUAGUUGACUACGAGCCCUUACUGUUCAAUGAUAACUUGAGCUACGAGGAGAAGCCCAUAGAGAUUCUUGUCAAAGAAGUAAAGGCAUUGCGCCAUCGGAAAAUUGCUUUUGUGAAAGUUUUGUGGCAGAACCACCAGUCCAGAGAAGCCACCUGGAAGCGAGAGGAUGAGAUGAAGGCCCAGUACCCAGAGCUUUUUCAAGGAUGA